AUGAUCGCUUAUCCGACCAUGAAACUGGAAUAUCAUCUGCUGGAGAAGAUCAAGCAAAUGAACACACAGACGGCGAAGAACCUAAACAAAAAAGCAAAUGUCGAUACAGUGGAAGAGGCAGUCAAGCUAGCGCAGGAGCACCGUUUGGUACAUCAAAAGGCAGGCUUCGAGAUCCGAAACUGGGUGUCCAACUCGCCAGAAGUUCUUCGGAAUCUGGGAGAGACGAAAUCGGCCGUACCGGUGCACUUCUACCGGGAUCAGCAAACUUCCAAGGACCGAGUUCUGGGGACAAUCUGGGAUCCAGACCUGGACGAAUUUUCUUUGUUGGCGUACCUGUAUGAGGGAAAACGGCCGAAGAAAAGGCUUGUCGCAAAUUGUGUAAUGGGUUUCUUCGACCUGCUCGGACUAUUGUCGCCAUUCAACAUUUACGGCAACAUUAUCAUCCAGCAUCUGUGGCGUUCCAACUGUGACUGGGACCAGGACAUCGAUGUCAGGUGCUGCGAGCUGUGGACCAGUCUGUUGCCAGAGGUGGAAGCCAAACGAAUUCCACGUUGCUAUCUCGGUGGUGCAAGGCGCGUCAAAAUCGAUUCGCUGGAAAUUCACAUCUUCACCGAUGCCAGCGAACACGCGUACGGAUGCGUGGCGUAUUUGCGAGCGGUGGUAAACGGCAUUGUUCAGUGCAGUCUGAUGAUGUCAAUUCCUCGUCUGGAGCGGUUCUGGAUGGAUUCUCGCAUAGUGUGUAGUUGGUUGAAUUCCGACCAACAUCGCUACAAGCAAUUCGCUACAUUUCGGGUCGGUGAAAUCCAAGAGCUCACGAAAGUUGCGGACUGGCGAUGGGUGCCAACCAUGCUCAACAUAGCAGACGUAUUGACGAAGUGGGUGCAAGGCCCGCCUCUUCAAAGCGAUGGAGUAUGGUUCCAAGGACCGGAUUUCAGUGGCCAUCGAAAGAACCAACGUUUGAAGAAACCGAGGAGGAGGCACGAGACUCUUGCGAGUGACGGCUACCGUGGAGCUGCGCUUCAUUGUCAACUGGCGUUGUAUUAUGCGGCAGUGCAGGUACCACUUGGGCAGGCCGAAACCAUCAUGUGGCGGCAGGUACAGUGGGACAGUUUCUCUGAUGAAAUGAGCAUGCUGUCGAACAAUCUGCAGCGCCAGCCGGGUCAACCGCUGGAGAAGAUUAGGAAGAGCAGUUGCAUCUACAAGAGUUCACCGGUACUUGACGACAAAGGCGUGCUGCGUAUGGACGGUAGACUGGCGACUUCUGGGGAGAGUUCCUUCGACAAAAGCAUCCGAUAA